AUGGCCGCACUACUAUCAGGUGCCGUCUAUGGCGCCUCUACGAUAGCAUCAGGCGUAUUUCUGCCCUCGAAAAUCAUCGAUCAGUUCAAGUUCCAGGAUUGGCAUAUGCUACAAACCUCUCUUGGUGCCGUCGCAAGCAGCGCAAUUAUAUACAAGAUUGCUGAACGCUACGGCUAUGUUAAUCUCAAGCCUAGAAGCUCUUCUCCAAUCGGCCUUUUCGGACAUUAUGAUGGCAACGUUCUAGGCGGGUUUCUGCUUGGAGCUGGUAUGGCUUUCUCAGGAUCUUGUCCUGGAACAUUAUUCGCGCAGGUUGGAGCUGGAUUACGGACAGGAUUAUAUGCUCUUGGUGGAGCUAUCGUUGGUGGUAUUGCAUACACUGGAUAUGUUGCGCAAGCAGCCAAGGCUCAAAGAGAGAAGGCGGACGUGAAGCCUGAGACCGUAACUCUUGAUAAGAACCUUGGCUUGUCGAAAGAUGCAACCGUGGCUGUCUUCGAAUCUGUCUGCUUAUCUGUCAUUGCUGCAUCCGUGGCAUACACUACUGGCUCAGACUGGACGGUCUUCUCAGCUGGUGGUGGACUGUUCAUCGGCUUCUCGCAGCUCUUCUCCAUCCUUAUCCGUCGUUCUAUGCUAGGCAUCUCGGGCUCUUACGAAGAAGUCGGCAACCACUUUUGGUCACUUACACGAGGCUCUGCUUGGCCUAGCAGUCGACAGAAUACCUUGUUCGCUGUGGGUAUGGCAUCUGGUGCGUGGGCGAUCACCAAGGUCUUCCCUUCCUUCGUGCCCAGAGAUGCUAUUGAGGUUAACCCAUGGCUUGCUGGCACUGGAGGAUUCAUGAUGAUUGUAGGAUCAAGGUUGGCUGGUGGAUGCACUUCUGGUCAUGGUGUUAGUGGUCUGUCGAUGAUGUCGACGUCAAGUCUUGUCACUAUGAGUACUGCUUUUGCGGCGGGAAGUCUGAUUGCACCUUUAGUACACUAG